UAACAGGUUUGGGGAGAAGAGAGGGAAGGGAAGAGCACAGAGCAGGACGAAGACAAUUUGUACAGACCGGUAAAGAAUGAGGAUAGGUGAGACUCCUGAACACAGCAAGUAAUGGGUAGACUAGCAAGAACCAAGAUACCUGGAUUCUAUUAUUUGCUGAUGUUUGGAAUAGCAGAAUCAGUCUUUGAGGCAGUCAUGUUCUGAAGACCCUCAGCAGCAAGGCUGCACACAACAGCCAAGGCAGAGACAGAACACAGGGGCGGAGGUUGGAAAAAAGAGCCUGGGGAUUUAGACACUGAUCAAAGACAGCAUGAGAACAUCCAGGAAGGGAAGCGUAGAAAUGCCAGCUUUUGUCUGGCAACUGGUAAAGGAGACAGAGAAACGGGUCACCUCUUUUUUUAAAGGAGGGCGUGGGGGAGGCGGGGGUGAGCCAGCUGAAGGAGAGGAGGCUGGAGAGGAGGAGGGGGUCAUCCCCAGUCCUUACCUUGAACGUCCUGUGCUGGACAAAUAUUUUGAAGAGGGCUGUGCCAACUGGGGCCUCACCUAUGCUCUGGGCAGCAUGCAGGGCUGGAGGGCCCAAAUGGAGGACUUUCAUAACUGCUUUCCUCAGCUGGGUGGAGAGCUCUCUCACUGGGGCUUUUUUGCAGUGUAUGAUGGCCAUGCUGGGAGCACGGUGGCUCAGCACUGCUCACGAAACCUGCUGGAGCACAUACUAGGAACAGGUAAGAUCCGUGGAGAGGAAGAUGUGGAACAGGUAACUGAAGGCAUGAGGGAAGGCUUUUUCAUAAUGGACAAACACCUCCAUGCAAUGGCCUGCCGUGAAGGCUGGGAGCGUGGAGGCACCACUGUGGUUUCCACUUUGAUCACUCCACACCACAUUUAUUUUGCAAACUGCGGAGACUCAAGAGCAGUUCUCUGCCGUGCUGGGAGAGUGGCCUUUUCAACAGAAGACCACAAGCCAUUCAGUCCUGGAGAGAAGGAGCGCAUUGAGAAUGCUGGAGGCUCAGUCACUCUGCAGCGUGUUAAUGGCUCCCUGGCUGUCUCCAGAGCUCUUGGUGACUUCAGCUACAAGUCGGUCGAAUGGCGCCCAGCUACUGAGCAGAUGGUCUCUCCAGAGCCAGAGAUUUCAGCCGUGGAGCGUUCACCGGCAGACGAGUUCAUAGUUCUGGCAUGUGACGGUGUUUGGGACACAGUCAGCAACGAGGAACUCUGUGCGUUUGUGCGCAGCCGACUAAGAGUGUGUACAGACCUGCGUGAUGUCUGUUCCCAGGUCAUUGACCUUUGCCUCUAUAAGGGAAGUCUUGACAAUAUCAGCAUCGUUGUGGUGUGUUUCCCUGGUGCCCCCCAGCUGUCUCCUGAGGCACUGCACCGGGAAGCAGAUUUAGAGGACUACCUGGAGUCAAAAGUCGCUGAAAUCUUCGAGGAACUGAGUGGAAGAGGAGACGAACCUGAUCUCUUGUCAGUUCUUACUGUUCUGGCUUCUGUGGAGAUCCCUGGCCUACCACCAGGGGGUGGCCUUCAGAGCAAACGAAACUGUAUCAUCUCUGCUUACUAUCAGCAAAAGGAGGCUCGUAAAGCCAGAUUAGCCCAGGAACUUGGUUCUGCAGAUUCCACUUAGAGUCAUCUUCUAAACCCUACAGACAGACUGCUACCUAUACUCUGCGUCAUCUAAAAAUAUCUUUAUGAGUAAGAAAUGGAUUUAUCUGAUUGCACUCAACAAGCUUUGCAAUUGAUUUCUUAUCUUAAAGGGUGGGGGAUCUCUCAGUAGCUAGAAGGAUUAUUUCAAUCUACUCACGUCUCAUGAUAAUGAAUAAUGAAUGUAAUGUAUAUGUAUGUAUCUUAUGUUUCCAGAAUGAUUUCCUAUAUAUGAUAAAUACCUAUAUUCAAUGUAAAAAUGGCAACACUCAGGUAAUUUGUAUUAAAAAAAACAUUUAAAGCAAAGACAUUUGGAGUUUUAAAGAAAUAUACUGUAUUUGACGUUAAAAGAAGUUUUUGUAGCAUUGAGUCUCACUGAACUGGUCAGAAUGAAGAAGUGGUGUUCCUGAUUAGUUCUGCAUGUGAACGCUGUAAAAAUAUCAGAUACAACCACAUACAGUGAGUUGUGAAUAUACACACCCACAUCACAGUCACUCACAAAGAUCUUCAGAUGUCUUUUCCUGUAAUUUGAUCUGAUGUUUGCAUGGUCUGUGUUGUGCUGCCUUACUGACCACUUACAAUACCAACACCAAUUAGAUGGACAGCAUUAAUAUUAUUAAUAGAUUCUCUAUUGUCUAAUCAACAAAAAGAAGUAUUUUAUUGUAUAAUGUUAUGUGAAAUAACCUUUGUGCAUAUUUUACACAUCUUGUAUAUGGACAACGUUUGUGGUAAUGUAAAGGUCAACUCCUUAAAAAUAAAGGAAUAAAACAGA